GAAUGGCUCUGCCUCAUGAUCUCAAUCUCGUAUGUAAGGCCAUCUCCCAUUUUGCUUGCCUCUCUUCACAGACAUAUCUGACCGGAACUACGACAUCAACAUGAAGACUAUCUCGGUUAUCCUCUCCGUGGCGCUCGCCAGCUUCACGUCCGCCCAGUUCGAAGGCCUUCCCAAAUGCGCCACAGAUUGCGCAGACAAUUUCCUAGUCGGCGGAAUUGGCGACUGCGGAACUGACCCCAAGUGCAUCUGCAACAACAAGACCUUCCUUUCCGAUAUCGCCUGCUGCCUCGUUGGCGUAUGCGACGCAAAAGACCAAGCCGCAGCCGUAUCAUUCGCCCAGAAUAUCUGCACCGCCAACGGCGUCAGCGUCCCCUCCGUCGUCUCCUGUGCCACCGCCGCCGCCAGCCCCACCGCCACGGGCUCCGGCUCCGCCACCGCCAUCACCACCACCACCGGGACCGCCUCCGGGUCGGGCGCGGGCGCGGACUCCACCCCCUCCCCGACCGGCACCUCGCCUUCGCCGACCAAGAACUUCGCCCCUAGGCGCACCGCCGCUGCAGGCAUCGUCGGCGGCAUCGUCGCUGCUGUGGCGUUUCUGUGAGAUGCAGGCCGCUGGGUGGGUGAGGUGAGGUGAGGUGAGGUGUUUCACGGUUGAGUUCUGCGCAUCUGUUGGUAGACUCAGAGGGUGGGGGGAGCUGUGGUUGGUCGAUUGAGCAGUAGAAC